AUGGGUUCGAUUGGUAAGAAGGGCUUGCAAAAGUACUUACUACAGCUCCAACAACAUCCUCUCAGAACAAAGGUGAUUACAGCAGGGGUUUUGUCGGCGACUAGCGAUAUAGUGGCACAGAAGCUUUCCGGCAUUCAGAGGCUCCAGCUCAAGCGCCUUCUUCUCAAAGUGAUUUUUGGGGCUGCUUAUCUUGGUCCAUUCGGGCAUUUUUUUUACAUUAUGCUCGACAAAAUUUUCAAAGGAAAGAAAGAUACGAAGACUGUGGCAAAGAAGGUGGUGCUCGAGCAACUGACAUCUUCACCUUGGAACAACUUGCUUUUCAUUUUAUAUUAUGGGUUUGUUAUCGAAGGCAGAUCCUGGAUCCAUGUGAAGUCUAAAAUUAAGAAGGAAUAUCCAACCAUUCAGUAUACAUCAUGGACAUUUUGGCCUGUGGUUGGAUGGGUAAAUCAUCAAUAUGUGCCUUUGCAGUUCCGAGUUAUUGUCCAAAGUGUCGUUGCAUGUUUCUGUGGUCCGCUGUCGGCUGGCGCCUCCCGGGAGAAAGAUAACCAGCUUCCCAAACCUUACAAGGAGUCUUGGAUCAAUGAUGGGCUCGCGAAGAAGAAUCCUCCAAAGAAGCCGAAGAAGCCAAACACGCCCCCGACUGAUGCUUAUAGGCCAACAGCACCUGGCAAUAGCCCAGGUGUUGGCCAUAAAAUGAAACGUCGUCUUGCUACAAAACCUUCUGCUCAAUAA